UCUGUUCCCCUGAUCCACGCUCAUCGAGAGCUUCGCAACCGUCAGCAUGAGUCGGUACGUGGUGUUCUCCUGGAUAACUAUGCGCUGACCGUGCUCGGUGAUGGAAUGCUAACAUGUGGGACUAGCACGGAGACUGAUUUGGCGAUUAACAUUCGCAAAGCCACGAGUAUCGAGGAAACCGCCCCGAAACGGAAACAUGUUCGGAGCUGUAUCGUGUACACAUGGGACCAUAAAUCAUCCGUCGCCUUCUGGGCUGGCAUGAAGAUUCAACCUGUCCUUGCCGAUGAAGUCCAAACGUUCAAGGCGCUCAUCACGAUACACAAGGUGCUGCAAGAAGGUCACCCGGUGGUGGUCCGUGAAGCACAGCAGCAUGUCAAUUGGAUUGAUAGUCUGAUGCGAGGUGUUGGAGGGGAUGGUAUUCGAGGAUACGGCCCUCUGAUUCGCGAAUAUGUCUUUUUCCUCGAGUCAAAGCUGGCGUUUCACCGAAACCACCCCGAAUUCAACGGCCUGUUUGAAUAUGAAGAGUACAUCAGCUUGAAGACAAUCAACGAUCCGAAUGAAGGGUACGAGGCCAUUAGCGAUCUCAUGACGCUGCAGGACCAGAUCGAUGCCUUCCAGAAAUUGAUUUUCUCUCAUUUCCAAUCCGGCACCAACAACGAAUGUCGGAUCUCGGCGCUGGUCCCCCUGGUGCAGGAGAGCUAUGGCAUCUACAAGUUCAUCACCAGCAUGCUGAGGGCCAUGCAUACGACGACGGGUGAUACAGAAGCGCUAGAGCCCCUCCGUGGCCGAUACGAUGCUCAACACUACCGUCUGGUCCGCUUUUACUAUGAAUGUUCCAACCUGCGGUAUCUCACCAGCCUCAUCACUGUUCCUAAACUGCCCCAGGACCCGCCCAAUUUGCUGUCGGAUGAUGACGAGCGUCCGGCUCUGCCGAAGCGACCGGUGAAAGAGCCCGAGCCCCAGCCAUCCCCGCCACCCAAGGUGACCGGAGCUGACCCAGAGCCCAUCAAUGACUUCUGGACCACCGAAGCCAAGCGCCAGCAAGAGGAGUAUGAAGCAGAGCAGCAACGCUUGCAGCAGCAGUGGGAGGAUCAGCAGCGGCAGCAACUUCUCGCGCAGCAGCAGGCCCAGCGUGAUUUCGAGGAACAGCAACGUCUCCAGGCAGAACAACAACGUCUUGCUCAGGAACAGCUACUGCGCGAUCAGUACCAGACACAGACCCAGGGUCGCUUGGCCGAGCUUGAGCAGGAGAAUUUGAACGCCCGGGCCCAGUAUGAGCGCGACCAGCUGAUGCUGCAACAAUACGACCGUCGUGUCAAGGACCUGGAGGAACAGAUGAACCAGCUGACCGCGAACCUCAACCUGCAGAAUGCUUCGAAGGACGACUUGAUCCGGUCACUGCAAGAGCAGGUUAACACGUGGCGGUCCAAGUAUGAAGCCUUGGCCAAGCUUUACUCCCAACUCCGUCAGGAGCAUCUCGACCUUUUGCAGACGACCAAGAGCCUCAAGCUUAAAGCCGCCUCAGCGCAGGAGGCUAUUGAGCGCCGCGAGAAGCUUGAGCGUGAGAUCAAGACUAAGAACCUCGAGCUGGCCGACAUGAUCCGCGAGAGAGACCGCGCGUUGCACGACAGAGAUCGUCUGACCGGUAACAACAAAGAAGAGCUGGAGAAGAUCAAGAGGGAACUUCGCUUUGCCCUCGAGCGGGCCGAAAAUGCGGAACGCUCCAAGGGCACGGAGAUCUCAACUCUGUUGUCGAAAUACAACAGAGAGAUGGCAGACUUGGAAGAGGCACUCCGGAACAAGUCCCGCGCCCUGGAGGACAUCUCCAGCAAGACCUCUGAGCGUGCCGGGGACCAUGAUCUCGCUCUUCGCGAGAAGGACGAGGAAAUUGAGGUGUACAAGUCGGGAAUGGAGCAGGCUUUGAUGGAACUCGAGGAGCUGAAACUGAGCCAAGGUGAUGUCGACACUGCACUGGAUUCCCAGAUUGACCACGUUCUGCACAGCACUGUCUCUAAGAUCAACGACAUCAUUGAUUCGGUGCUCCAAACGGGUGUGCAGCGUGUGGAUGACGCUCUAUAUGAGUUGGACUCUUCCAACCAGGCCGGUAACCAGAAUGCCUCCCCUCCAUAUGUGCUUUCGCAGAUUGAGAAGGCCUCAGCUUCGGCCACCGAGUUCUCCACGGCCUUCAAUAACUUCAUUGCGGACGGGCCCAACAGCACCCAUGCUGAAAUCAUCCGGACGGUGUCCAUCUUCUCUGGGUCCGUUGCCGACGUGCUGAGCAACACGAAGGGGUUGACACGCUUCGCCAACGACGACAAGAGUGCUGACCAGCUGAUCAACGCCGCCCGCAAAUCCGCCCAGGCGACGGUGCGGUUCUUCCGAGGCCUGCAGUCUUUCCGCCUCGAAGGGCUGGAGGCGCUGCAAAAGACCGAUGUGGUGAUCAACAACAACCUCGAAGUGCAGAGAGACUUGCAAUCUCUCUCGAAGCUGGUUGAGACGUUCACACCCAAGAGUGCGAAGAUUUCCACCAACGGCGAUCUGGGCGACUUGGUCGACCAGGAACUUCUCAAGGCGGCGGACGCCAUUGAUGCCGCGGCCCAGCGACUGGCCAAGCUUAAGAACAAGCCCCGCGACGGCUUCAGCACAUACGAACUUCGGAUCAACGAUGUCAUCCUGGCGGCUGCUAUUGCGGUGACCAACGCAAUUGCCGAGCUGAUCAAGGCAGCCACUGAGUCUCAGCAGGAGAUUGUCCGUGAGGGCCGCGGUAGCUCGUCACGGACUGCCUUCUACAAGAAGAACAACCGAUGGACAGAGGGUCUGAUCUCGGCUGCCAAGGCAGUUGCUAACUCGACCAACACUUUGAUCGAGACCGCCGACGGGGUCAUAUCAGGCCGCAACUCCCCUGAGCAGCUGAUCGUUGCCAGUAACGAUGUAGCGGCCAGUACGGCCCAGCUGGUAGCGGCCAGUCGUGUCAAGGCCACCUUCAUGAGCAAGACGCAGGAUCGGCUGGAGACGGCCAGUAAGGCUGUUGGGGCGGCCUGUCGGGCUCUGGUACGACAGGUGCAAGACAUCAUCAGGGAGAAGAACCAGGAUGACAACGAGGCGGUGGAUUAUUCGAAGUUGAGCUCGCACGAGUUUAAGGUUCAGGAGAUGGAGCAGCAGGUCGAGAUUCUCCAGCUGGAGAACAGCCUGGCUCGGGCCCGGCAACGGCUGGGAGAGAUGCGCAAGAUUUCCUACCAGGAGGAGUAAUGGGAUGU